UCCACUAACACAGCAUCUUCUCCAGCUGCUUCUUCCAGACUGAACCAUCCACCCACCCAGAAAACAAAAAACCCUAAUCUGAGGUUAGUGAGUGUGAACGAGAAAUGUGCUCUCUUCCGAUUAAAAACCCACCAGAUUCGUCCUUCAUCUUCCCAAAGUUCGCUCCUUUACUCGUACGACACCGUUUCAACCUCCCAUCACUCGUCCCCUCUCUCAAACCUCCGAGAUUCCGCGUCGUUGCCUCUCUCUCCGGUGGCUCAUGGGUCUCUCAAGCUUCCAAAGACAAAUACGGUGGCUGGUCUCUUAUCGAAGACGACCCUCCUCUUCCUCACUCUAAAGCCAAAAAAAAGUGGCGGAACGUUGUAAUCACUGGUGUUGGAUCAUCACUAGCUCUCCUGUUAGCUACUCUUGCUUACCUCUCAAUCUCCAGAAAAGGGUUUAGGUUACGCUUGAGCAAUAAUAAUCCAUUGCAUGUUUCAAGUGCGGAUUCGAAUGAGAAUGAAGAGAGUGUUGAUGAUGAUAAGACUUGUGAUUCUGAGUCAGACACUGAAGGCGUUGUUGACUAUGAUGUUUCAGAUACUGUUGACACUUCUUUAGCACCAACCGUGAAAGCUCACCGUAUCACCACUCCGGUUUCAGUAGAUGCUGCUCAACAAGAAGCAAUAGCAGUUUUGAAGAAACUCAAGAUAAUUGAAGAUGAUGUGGUGGCAGACGAGUUGUGUACCAGACGAGAGUAUGCUAGAUGGCUAGUUCGUUUGAAUUCUUCACUAGAGAGAAAUCCAAAGCACAGGAUUGUGCCAGCCGUAGCGUUAGCCGGUUCUUCAGUUCCUGCGUUUGAUGAUGUGGAUACUACAGACCCUGACUUCGAGUACAUACAAGCAUUGGCAGAGGCAGGCAUCACUUCCAGCAAGCUCUCCGGAGAUGACCUUAGUUUUCAUCCGGAAAAUUUUGUUUCCAGACUUGAUUUGGUAAACUGGAAAGCUGAGUUGGAGUGUGAUUUCCAUCCAGAGAUCAUGCAAGAGAUAUCAAGGACAAAGGUAGAUUAUAUCGAUACAAAGGAUCUCAAUCCUGAAAUGUCCCUCGGCUUCUACUUGGACUUCUUGACAGGAGACAAGAGUACAAUCAGAAACGUUUUCGGUAGGAUCAAGCGGUUUCAGCCUAGUAGACCUGUCACAAAAGCACAAGCGGCUGUAGCAUUAACAAGCGGUAAAAUGGCGAAAGCUAUUGCGGAAGAGCUGUCAAGGUUAGAAGCAGAGUCUUUCUCACAGAAAGCUGAGAUGGAAGAGAUAAGAUCAGAGUUGCUCGAAAAGGGAGAGAUUAGGGAACUUUGGGAUGAGAAGCUUCAAGUAGAGAGAUCCAGAGGAGCUGAGAUGGAUGAGAUGUAUCUCUCCAGAGUUAAUGAGUUAGAAGAAGAAAAAGCUGCUCAGGUGAAGUGGUUUGGGGAGCGUUUGAAAGAGAAAGCAUCCAUAGAUUGUCAGAAACAGUUGGUUAACAGCUUGAGAGAAGAUAUCGAUGAGAUGUCUCAGAAGUUAACAACUGAUGAAUCUGUUUAUAUGGCUGAGCAUAGCAAGUUACAAGAGAUGCUGAGUGAGUUACAGUCCAAACUUGAGUCGGUGCUUGAUAAAAGAUCUAUCCUUGAAGCUGAAGUGGAAGCUCUUAGAAUUCUCAGAACUUGGGUAGAGGAUGAAGCUAAGGCAAGCCAAGCGAGAGCUAAGGUUCUUGAGGAGGCGGGACGAAGAUGGAAAUGGAACGACCAUUCUUGAAUCUUGAGAUUGUACAAAACAGAAAUUUGAUUGUUUGUUAUAUGAGUGUUGGAAUCAGAACAACCUUAUAAGGUUCUGUUGGUUUAUUUGGGGGGAAAGACGAUUAAAUUCUCUGUAACUCAAUCCUGGUUUUUAAAUUGGAAACGGAACACAAUCUUUUGGUUUCCAAUCAUUGAA